AUGUCAAACGAGGCUUUCUGGAUCGACGAAGCUCAGGCCGAUGGCAGGGUAGGCCCGGCCCCCAUGCCAACCUGUGGCCCAGACGAGAUAGUGGUCAGGAUCCGCGCCGUGUCCGUCAACCCCAUCGACAAGGCCGUCCAGCAGGAUGGUCUCUUCCUGACCGAGUACCCCGCCAUCAUCGGCGUCGACGGUGCCGGUGAGGUCUGCGCCGUGGGCGCCAAUGUUAGAGGUUAUGCCCCGGGAGACCAUGUCAUCAGCUGUUUCACCGGGAUGCUGCCCCCCGCUGCCGAGUAUCAAAAGGCGGCCUACCAGCGAUACGCCGUGGCACACCCGGGCCUCUCGUGCAAGCUGCCCAAGUCGGUGGCCUUUUCUGAAGCCGCUGUGCUUCCGCUGGCCAUGAUCUCCGCGGCUGACGCGCUCUUCAACACCACCGGCAUGCAGCUCUCCUGGCCGCAGGUCCCGCCUGCGACUCCCAGCGGGAAGACGGUGGUCGUCUGGGGCGCUAGCUCUAGUGUCGGGUCCUGUGCUGUGCAGCUCCUCGUCGCGGCUGGGUAUACUGUCGUGGCCGUCGCCGGCGCUCACAACUUCGACCUGUGCAAGACGGCGGGUGCCACUCAAGUCUUUGAUCACUCCUCGCCGACUAUUGUCGAGAACAUUGCCGAGAAGCUCGCGGGAGACGACAUUGCUGGCAUUCUAGGUGUCAUCGUGACGGAGGAGGCCCUGCAGAGCGUCGUUGAUCUCCAUGUCAAGCUUAGAUCCAAGGGCAAGGCUGGCUCCCUGGUGCCACCACACAUGGAAAUCCCCUGCAAGGUUCCGGAGGGACUGACAGUCACGAAGACUCACUGCGGAUAUGUUCCGUAUGAGGGCCUCGCUCUCCAUCUCUGGGGCGAGUGGCUCCCCGAGGCCAUGGCCAACGGCACUCUCAAGUAUCUGCCGGCGCCUGUCGUGGUUGGAAAGGGUCUGGAUAAGAUUCAGGAUGCCAUUUACCGACAGAUGAAAGGUGUCUCGGGGCAGAAGAUUGUGAUCGAUAUCGAUUAG